ACACCAACCAAGUACUAAACCAAACAAACCCUAUUCUUUCUACUUCCAUUCAAGAAAGAAAUACCAUAAUGUCGCUUGCUGUUCAAGAAACUCCAUCACCGCCCUCCCCAUCGUCCUCUUCUUCUCCACCUCCCAAAAAACCCAAACGCUGUAGAUAUUGGACCGACUUGAUCCCCAGGAGACGAAAAAUUGUUGUUGCUGUUAGAACAACUGCCCCUCAUCCUCACUCUUUAGAGUCCUCUCAUGGACUUUCUUGGACUAGAGUUGGCUUGCUUGGCAAAGGCGCUUUCGGUUCCGUAUAUUUCGCCAAAUCAAAUCAAGAUCAAAAUUCUCAUCUUCCUCUUCAGAUGGCCGUUAAAUCUGCUCUCACGGAUGAUUCUUCCUCCUUACAGUACGAGAAACAAAUUCUCACCGAACUUCAGGACAGUCCUCACGUGGUGCAUUGUUACGGAGAUGAGAUUACUCAAAUGGGUGACGGAAAUCAGGUUUAUAAUUUGCUUUUGGAGUUCUGCGGUGGGCUUAGCUUGAAACGGACGAUCAGAAUAUCACCCGGUGGCCGGCUAUCGGAUUCAGACAUAAAAUGUUAUGCAAGGGACGUUCUUGAAGGACUCGCAUAUGUUCAUUCACGAGGAUACAUUCACUGCGAUAUUAAACCGGAUAACAUCUUGCUUGUUCCUGGCGGUGAAGGAAAAAAAGGUAGAAAAUUUGUAGCAAAGCUUGCAGAUUUUGGAUUGGCUAAGGUCGCUGAUGGAUUGGCUGAUUCUGAGCUGAGAGGAACUUACAUGUUCAUGUCUCCGGAGCUUGUGGAGAGUAAAGUAGUUGACUUUCCGGCCGAUAUUUGGGCUUUCGGUUGCACUCUGGUGGAGAUGAUGACUGGAAAAUCAGCCUGGGACUAUUCUGAUGUUGAGGAUCUUUUAUAUGUGAUUGGAGAAUCUGAUGAAUUGCCUAAUCUUCCAAGUAGUAUUUGUGAAUCGGAAGAUGCUACUGAUUUCUUCGGUCGGUGUUUAUGUCGUAAUGCUAGUUUUAGAUGGUCUGCUGAGAUGCUGCUAGACCACCCAUUUUUAUCUAUAUGACUAUGUAAU